AGGGGCCCGACCUCGGCCUCCCGGCUCCGGGCCGUGGAAGAUGGCGGCGGUGUCGGGCCAGGCGGUGGGCCGUGCGGCCUGGGGCCUGCGGGGGCCGGUCCUCUUCGUCACCCGCCUCCCCUGGACCGCCGCCACCGGUGAGAUCAAAGAACACUUUUCCCAGUUCGGGCACAUCCGCAGAUGCCUCCUACCUUUUGACAAAGAGACGGGCUUCCACAGAGGUUUUUGCUGGGUUGGGUUUUCUUCAGAAGAAGAACUUCAGAACGCUUUACAGCACGAAAGUCAUCUGAUCGACGGAGUUAAACUCUACGUUCAGCGUCAACAAUACAGAAAGGCUUUCUCCAACCCACCGAAGAAGGACCAGGGAGAUUACUAAGAGUAGCCCAUACUGGGUGUGGGGUUGAACAGUAAAAAUAAAUAUCUCUCAGCACUGUU